GUUGAUCGCCGCCGCGGAAACAAGUUUGCGCAUGUCGAAAUCUCGAAUUCCUGGCGACAAGGGAAGCCAAAACAACUUGUAAACAACAUUUAAGUUUUUAUGAAUUGAUAAGCAAAUACGCAAUGUAAAAGGUGGACGGUAUAAAAACAGUAUGAAUUACGGGCUAUUAAAUUUUAAGGCCCAGAAUGGAAAGCCUCAGAUAUUCUGGUCUAAUGAACAAUCAAAGAAGCAAGAAAGAAAGUUUGGUUACAAAAGUCGUGACCAGAGAUUUACCUUACGACAGUAUCCUUCCGACAUGACAGCAGACUCUGACAAUUUACUUCAACCAAUAGAACCACCAGAGGAAGAAAAACCCAAGAAACCUGCUAAAAACUUUAUCAAGAAAAACAGAGAAACAAUGGGCAAGAAAGCAACUAAAAAUAAAGAAAAUGGCAAUCUUGUUACACUCACACAGGAGCAACUGAAUGCUAUCCUAGCUUCCGUUGGAAAAGUUGCCUCUGGGAGAGAAGAUACACUUCGUAUAUCAAUGGAUUCAGAUAAACAUGUAAUAAAAGUAGAAUCACCAGGUAGGGAAGGAGAGGGAGAGCACAGGCGUAGACAUAGAGAUAGAAAGAAGAAAGAUGAAGACCAAAGUAUAUUUGCUUUGGUUGAUGACAAUAAAAAGACCAGUAGAGAUAAUGACGAUAGAAGGAGAGACAGACGUGACAGAACUCCAGAAAGAUCUGACUCAGGGGAUAGAUAUAGAUCUAGAAAACAUUCAGGUGAAAGAGAUCACCACAGAAAACAUUCUGGUGAUCGAGAAUAUAGAAAAAAUUCUAGUGAACGUUAUAGAGAUCAUUCAAGUGAUAGACAUAGAAAACAUUCUAGUGAUCGAUAUCGUAGAGAUUCUAGAGAAAGACGGAGAAGCCGUACGCCAAGUAGAGAGAGAUAUAGAACACCUUCACGGGAAAGACGAAGACAUUCACCAGAUGACAGAUCUAGAGAAAGACGUAGACAUUCUCCAGAUGAAAGACACAGACAUUCACAUGAUAAUAGAUCUCGGGAAAGAAGACAUUCACCUGAGGACAGAUAUCAAAGAGAUUCUUCAGAAGGAAGGCAUCGGAAACAUACUCCAGAAAGGGUUGAUCAUAAAAGUGAAAAACCCAAAGAGGAAAACCCUCCUUCACCAAGGGAAAUAGCAGGAAUACCUGUCACAUUGCCUUGGAAACACAUGACAAAAGCAGAAAGAAGGAGGUUAAUGAUAGCAAGAGAAAAGGUUAUGGCAGAUGAAACCAGAAAAGAGGAAGAGGAGAAGAGACGUAAUUUUCAGGAUUUAGAAUCAAAGUCUUUACACAAAAAUUUCAAAAAAGAUGAUUAUCGGCGGGAAUCCCGGGAUGAUUAUCAAAGGCGAGAUGAUGAUAGAAUUUCAGACUUUGAUCGAGGUUCUAGUCUAAAAACAUCCAGUUUGCCUCCACCCGCUCCUGCUACUGCUAAAACAAGUCUAGGAGAAUUGAAAAGAAGACAGUGGGAAAGAGAAAGAGCUGACUCAACAAAUACAGGAGAAUUUCAGCCAUGGGGGAAACCAGGUGCCGGAGCUCCCAUACGUACUAAGUCAGGAAAUGUAGCAGCAGACUACGGCAAAAGAAAGGAUAAUGAACAUGAACUAGAAACAGUAGAUGAAGAGCCUAGACAAAGACGGCAUUACUCGUCUCCACCCAGGGAAAGAAGAGGAGAACCCACUUAUUCAGAACCUUUAGACACAGUAAGAACACAAGAAGGUGUACCUGCUGCAAUGAGGUCUUCCAUAGUAUUUGGACAAGGUGCAGAUUCCGAGUCUGCCAUGAGAACAAAGGAACUUGAAAGACAGAAAUGGGUUCAAGAAUUAGAUAAGCAAAGGGAAGAGAAACAAGCGAGAGAAUUAAAGGAAAUGAAUAUAAUCAAGGCAUCAGAGGAAACCUGGGCAGACAAAUUCAGCAAUCCUUAUAGGCCUGCACCACUACCAGAUCAGUCAGUUAAACAGUAUGGACCAGAGGAACAUCUGAUUACCAAAGAGAAUAUCCUAGAUACAAGAAGGACCAGCAGUGCUCCAAAUCAAUUUCCUGAUGAUGAUGAACCAAAGACUCAUAUUAGAGGACAGAAUGUCUUCAUGGAUUCUCAAACUCAGAAAGAACAGGAAGAAAAAAGAAAGCGUCACCUGGAACACCAGACAGCAAUAAUGGAACAAGUGAAAGAAAAACAGAGACUGAAGCAAAUGGAAAGGGAAAGAAAGAUGAAAGAGGAUAUGGAAGAAGAGAUGAAAUUACAGAAAGAAAGAGAAAAACAACAAAAUAUAUUAAAUUCAGACAUCCAGAAAAAUAAAGCAAGAGAGGUGAGAAGACAACAACAGGUGGAGAAUUUAAAAGCAGCGAUGGAUGAAGCUAAUGAAAAUGCUCAGCGUGAGAAGUAUCAGAAACGUAUGCAGCAUUUAGAAGAAGGAGGACAUGAUGUUACUCAUCUGAAAGCUAAUUUACAGGAGAAGCAGUCGACAGCUAGAUAUCCUGCAGUAGAAACUGUUCGAGAACCACCAACUACCAUUAGAGCAAAGUUGACACCCAGGGCUACUGAACCAACAUAUGUACCAGGUUUAAAUCUUGAUGUUUCACCUAGACCCGUACACACAGACAAACACUCAGACAAAUCUGGCUUGGCAUUAGAACCUUACACAGAGAAUAGAGUUCUAACACCCAGUCAGUAUCGAUAUGGUCAGUCUCCAAAAAGAGAAUUUGGUACACAGACUGGUAACAUACCAGUUAAUAAUGAAACUGGUCGUAGAAUGGAUCAGAGAACAUACAGAGAAAUGACUGAUGUUGACAUUGUGUACAAAGUUUCUAAGGGCAAGAAGGUCAGAGUAAAAAGUGCUACAAAAGAGGAAAAAAUGCCAAGAAGGCAACCACCAAAUCAAAAACGAUCUGUCGUUCAGAAAGAAGAACCAAAACCUAGAGAAACAGAUAGAAGAAGUAGGAGUAGAAAGAAAGAAUUAUGGAAUUAUCAAAAUCCUGCACACAAACAUCCAAAAAAACAAUCAGAAAAAGAUCCAAUUCAGCACAAACGUCAAGCUAGUGAACAUAGGAGACGGAUUAGAGAACAAGAACUUAUGGCAAUGGUAGAAAUGAAUAAAGAUAGAAUUCCCACAGAGAGGCUAUCAAGAUGUGGUUCUCAUUCUGAUGGUGAAACUACACCAAGAACUGAUAGACUACGUCAUAGACAUAAAUCACAUUCUCCUGUAGGGCAGCCAGAGGUCAAUCGUCUGGUUAUCAAUAGGUCAAGGUCAAGAUCACCUGAGCAGUCAAAUAGAGCACUUGUACCAUAUAACAGAGAGCGAUCUCCAUCACCAUCUGUAUCAGUUGUAAGGACAGAUGAUAGAUUAAAAAGAGCUCCCUCUCCACCUGUGCCUGCCCUCAAACACAAAAUAGGAGGGGAGGGAGGAUUAGAUCAUCGAGGAAAGCAGUAUAAAUAUGGGGACACAAACCCUGUGACUUAUGAACUUGGUGAUAGUGACUUUGUGCCAUUUACAAGAACUGUAGAGAUUUUAGACCCGGCCCAGGCUACUAAUCCACUUCCUCUUUCAAGGGAGACAACUAAACUGGCAAAUGCUAGGAAAGCAUAUAUUAAAGGAAUGAAACCUGGUAACUAUGGCAACAGGGUAGAUGUUUAUGAAGAUAGGAUCAGGCUUCCUGGAGAAUCAAGAAAUAAUGAUAAGGACCCCAUUACUAACCCAUCUCUAGUCAAGAAUCAUCCCACACAAAGACAAGAUCAGAUACUGAAUCAACUCUCCAGUCUAAAAGAGAGUUUAAUACAACGACAAAGGGAACUGGAAACAUUUUCACCAACUGACUUGGAAUAAUUUUCCUUCCUGCAUUUUAUUUUAUAUUUUUCUCUUGAAUAGUGCCAAAUGUAUUUAUAUUAAAUUUUAACUCAACUCUUGAUUUUAAAGUUUUUUGUAUACCAGAGAGAGUGAAAAGAUAAUACUGAAGUAUUUUAAGGAUAUUGGUUAUUAAACUGAGUUGAGAAGGCAUAAACAAUUAUUAACUAAAUAGUUGAGCUGAUAUUAAUUUUUACUUUCUAGAAGGAAAUGUAACUGUUGUCCUAACUAAAAUAAUAUUGUUACUGCUUUUGAUAAUUAUGAUUUUCUUGACAGGAGUAAGUUGUUAGAGGUUUUUUUAUUCUCAUAAAUAAUAUGGUAUCUUUGCAAGUUAUAUCUUUGUUUGUGAUAAUCAUAAUAAGUGGUUAAUUUUGCUUACAUUCAACGGUCAUCAGUGUGAUAUUUAUUACAGACCCUGCUCCAGCCAUGUUUAAAACUAAAGGGUCCAAUUUAUGCAAGUCAAAUGAAAAGUGGGGUUUCAAACUAUUUGUCCCCAUCCAGAAGCAUUAUGUGUUAAACAAAUGGGGGGAUUUCCUAACUCGGAACACACAAGCUUGAUCUGCCACUGCAUAACAUUCCAAAGAGAGUGGUAUUAUUUUGUAACUUUUUAAUACAUAUUUGCAUUUCACCUCAUCCUAACAGUCAUUCCUCGACUCAUGUAAAAGUUUUUCAAAUGGACUUUAAGCAAGCAGAAAUCAAACAAAUUAUUUUAAGUCUAAAUUACUCUAACUGACUUAGUAUUUUUAUUGAAGCAUGCUAAUAGUUUGACACACUGUAUAAAUCAAUGCUUUUCUAUUUUUGAAGUUUUUGAGGUUGACCUGUAUUUAAAAUACAUUUUUGUGUUUUUGUUGAUUUUCAGUCAAAUUGAAAGAUAUCAAACAUCUCAUUUUAAUUUAUCUUACCUCUAGUUUGACUCUGUCCAAAGUCAAACUCAAGACUUUUUUUUUUUUAAAUUGAUAUAAAAAUCCUUUUUAAAAGCAUGUAUCAUUAAGCCUGGGGAUAUGACCCAUCUUUCUGUUGACCGUUACUUGUUGGGCUAAGCACUUUAAAAAAGUUGAGCUCUGCAUUUAGGUCUACAAUAGUAAGGUUUCUGCUCAUAUCAUAUGAACAUGUGCAUUAGCUGAAUAUGGCAGAAAAUAAUUGCCUGCUUGUACAUUCAUCAAUCCACAAAAAAAGCACUUGUCAUUUAGACUAAAAAUGUGUACCGGUAAUUGAAACAUGUACUACAAAUGAUUGCUUUAUCAUCUUUUUCCAAAUUUCAUGUGAUAUGAGACUAACUUUUUAAAAUGUCAUUAUUUUCUAAAUUUUGAAUAAAUACAUUUCAACAAAUUUUCUUCCAAACUGCUGGACUGUGAUAUAUAUGUUUGUUGUUGAUAUUAUGUGGUGCUGUUGAUUUUGAAUCAAAAUUUCUUGGACAGUUUUAUAUAACAUUGAUUUCUAUAUUUUAUGUAUAUGUGUAUGCAUUAGCAGUAUUUUGCUAAAAAAAAAUGUUAUUGAAUAGUUUAGAUAUAGUGCUUUUGUUAUUCUUAAGAAAUUUAGAAAAAAUAAUAAACUUUUGAAGAAAAGAAUCAGAAGAGAAGGAGUAUAGACUAAACAUAUUAGCUUUGAAAAUAUUUCUGAUGCAAGUAGCACCUGUAAUUAAAGGCACCUUCUUUCAGAUAAUUUAUCAUGAAAUUGCACAGUUUUCAGAAAGAUAGAUUAAAUGUAAAUCAGUUUAGUUAGCUAUGAAUAUUAUUGGUUGAAAUAAGCUAUUGUGUUAAUAAAUGUCUUACUUAAAGACAGUAACAAUUUACAUGUAAAAAAAAAAAAAUACUGGAUUUAUAGCCAGCACUAUUCAAUGUCACCUUGGUUGUUAUAAAAAGGUUGGUAUAAAAUUCUUUAAAAAAUAUUAUUUUUCUCUAGUAUAUUGAAUUGGUGAAAAUUCCCAAAUUUAUUAUUUUUAGAGCACUAAAUUGUAUUGUAUUUUCUCUGUUUUGUUGUACAUAAGAAAACAGCGUAGUGUGGAACUAUUGUUUUGAAAAUAAUUGAUUGGCAUUUAAUAAACUUAUAAUCUGCACUUGUUAUAUAGCACUUUUUAAUUUAUUUAUUGCUUUUGUAGUAAAUUCUGAUUUUCUUAGAUUGACUUCGUUUUGCAUUCAUGUAUAUAUCAGACAAGGGACUUAAAAUACUUAACAUGGUACAUAACACUACAGGGAGAUAACUCUGUAAAAAUCUGCUGAUUGUAUUAAUUACAUUCUAUUGUUCAGGAAAUACUAAGUUCCUUAAUGAUCAAAAUUGGUGUUAGUCAAACUGAUAUUUGUCCAAGGAAACGACAAUUUUCUGAUGAAGUGUGUGGUUAAAGUUUUUUGAUUUUUUAUAUUUUUUGUCAUAUGGUCAAAGUAAACAUUUUGAUUUUUUUUUUUAAAUUAACCAAGCAAAAUUGAUUUUAGUGAAGGUGUUUGGUACCACCUAUCCUGUUUAAAUCUUGGACUAUCUUAACACAACUGAAUAUAAAAGUAUGAAGAUUGUACAAUGUUUAAUUUUAACAUCUUCUUUCUCUGACUGUAAUCACACAGAUUUUGAUCUUAUACAAGUCUGUUAUACUAUUUCUUGGUGUACAACACACAAGCUUUAAUUUUUUGGUUGUUCCUCUCCUCACCCCAAAAAGUUAGAAAAUGAUGGUUGUUUGGUUGCAAGUGAAAUUAAAAACAGUUGCACAAAUACAACGUAGAAAAAGAUCUUGGAUCAUUUUAUGAUAAUAGAAAAAAAAUCCUUUGUACUUAUUUAGUUGUAUCUGAUAAAUGAAUUGUACAUAUUGUACUGAUAUUAUAUAUUUAUAUUUAUGUAACAUUUCAUUGAUAAUGAUUAAAUAAACAAUUAGAAAUUG